AUGGAUCUUUCGAGGCUAUCGUCUUCAGAUGCCGAAUCGGAUUGGGAAGCUGCGAUGGCGGCUAAACCCACCCAAACGGAAUCGGAAACGGAGCCGUAUGAACUCACACCGGAGGAUGAGGCACUUCUCCUAGAGCAUUUCGCCGAAACUUUGCCAGAUCCUCCGCGUGAAUCUCCACAUGGGUUGGGUCCCUAUCCCGAUAUUCCGCCGGAUUAUCCACGGCAAAACGUGUGGGAACGGCUUGAGCGAUCGUAUUACAAUGGUUAUGCCAAUAUCAGCCAUGAACUUAUUAAUCGAGUCCUCAUCAAGUAUUGGAAUCAAGGAAAAAAAACUGGUGCCGGUGUCCAUAAGGGAGCUAACGGUAGGGUAUACCCACUCUUCAAAGAUACCGUCUACGUUAAAUGGUCCGAGGUGGAACUUGAGGAUGGAAGCCGGGAGACAUAUUUGGGAAGUUACCUUUGCCAUGGCUCUCUGGCAGACUAUGAGGAGUCGGUAGAGAAUGGAACUCAACCGAGUUGGAUGAAAGUCGUUCUCUAUGAAGAUGGAGGAGUUGACCCGUAUUCGUUUCUCGAUUUGCCUUGA